AUGGACCCGACUAAAAAGGAAGAGGGAUUUGGUGAUAGUGCAGAGGUUGAGCAGAACUCAGAUCCUGAGGAAGAGACCAAAGGUGAAGAGGAUGAAGGAGAGCAGGAAGAGGAGUUUGAAGGGGAGCGUGAGGAGCAGGAGACUGGGAAUGAUAUUUAUAAUGAAACUGUUGAGUUAGAUAAUGCUCAUGAUGGAGCGGAUAUGGAUGCAGCUGAUGGAUAUGCGCAGGUGAAUGAUACUCAAACUGAAGAAGAAGGGUAUAAUAUGGGAGAUGAGGUUAUGCAUAAAAUUUCUAAUGAAAUUGAACCUCAAUCCCAACAUCUAAAGAAAAAUACGACUCCAAAGAAAGAAAAUGCAUUAAGGCAACCGGCACAAAACUUUGAUCCUAAUAAUGUGAUUAAUGUAGUCCAAAGUUGAAUUGAAGGCCAGUUCAAACCUCUGCUAGCUUGUAUUCAAAGAGGGUUUAUCAAUAAGGAUGUUGUCAUUGAUCCACAGAUUGGAAGAAGAGCAAUUCAUCUAAUCGCCCAUUUUGGAAAUAUUAAAGCCAUGAGGGUCAUAAAUGAGGUCUGUGAAGCUGACAUGACAGCAAAAGAUUUUCAAGGUCUCAAUGUAUUUCAUUAUGCUUCAGGAAGCGGAGAGAUCGAAACAUUAAAAUAUUUAUAUGAAAACUGUGAUGAAUCAUCUCUUGAAGAGGCGGACACAGCAGGCAUGACGCCUCUUAUGCAUGCUGCUUCCAAAAAUUCUGUGAUUUGCUUUAUCUAUCUCUAUUUUCACUGCAAAGCAAAUAUUCGAGUUUUGGAUAAAAAGGGAUGCAAUAUUCUGCAUUGGGCUGCUUAUUCUGGAUCUUUACCGAUCAUAAAGAUUCUUCAUCAGGAAGGACUUUUGCAAGAAUUUAUAAACAAAGAAGAUACCUUGAAGCAAACUCCUAUAAUGAAGUCUUUCUAUAACAAGAAUAUUGAAAUCAUGAAGUUUUUGAUUGGCCAGAACUGAGAUCUUUAUACACGUGAUUACAAGGGUAAUGAUCCUGAAGAGUUUAUUCAGAGGUACCUAGACGAUAAGAUCUUUUACAAUGAGUUCUUAAAGUGAAAAUAUAAGCAAAAGUUAGAGUCUUGAGUAGAUUUCAGUGAAGUCAGAAAUAAUUUUGAAAGAAAUAGAACGUUCAUGAAACAAGUUGCUAGUUUUUACUACCAAAAAUAUUCAAAUUUCUUACCUCAGCUGUUGUACACUAUUUUAUUGCUUUGAAUGCUGUUUACUCAUUGGCAUUAUACAUCUGUGUCUGGGGAGAGGAGCACUUUUUAUACAGCUAUGAGGAAUCUAGCCUUCUAUAUAUUCAUUCCAAUAUGAGUUUCCUUGUUCAUGUGGCUGAUCAAAACAGAACCUAUGGUGGUACCAAAGAAGCAAUUUGGGGAAGAAGGCAGCAUUAUUAAUGAUAUACUUAAGUCUAUUGAUGAUACAGAUCAUCAAAGAUCUGGUGAUUUCCCAAAGAUAGUUCCUCUCAGUGAAGUAUGCUUUGAUACAAACAUUAGGAAAAUUAAGCAUGGGGAGUAUUGCCCAGAGAGUGAUUCAUAUGUCAUAGAAUAUCAAAAAUUCUGAGAUUUUAUUAGACAGCCGAUUGGUCAAGGAAAUGCUAAUUUCUAUUUCCUCUGGCUUACCUCAAAUUUGAUACUCAUUGCACUAUACAACUAUUGAUUGGUGAAUACCUAUUGGCACAAGAGUCCAGUCAUUCUUUACUUUAGGCCUUUUGAUUGUAUUCUCAGGCUAGCCUCUCAGAGUUUGUUCUAUUUUACUUUCUUCUUCGGAAUACAAAUUGCCAAUGUAAUUGUGUUCCAAAAUUGGAUCUGGAUUGUGCACGCUACUGGAAGAAGGCAGACUAUAAAUGAGACAAAGAACUCUCAUAAAUAUAGGUACAUCUAUAAAAGGGUUUUGGAUAAAGAGACCAAAAAUUACUUGUAUAUCCACAGGAACCAUGGAUGCUUGUUUAACCAAUUAGGCUAUAUCUAUCAGUUCUGCUUUAACAGAUUAAGAGAUUAUGAGACACAGCCUGAAAAUAUAAACGAUGAGCAGCACCGAUUUUCUAACAUCUCAAUGGCAAGCAUGGCCACAGAGGAAGAAAACCCAUUUGAAUAAUUUAGUUGCUAGUCUAGAUUCCAUA